AUGCCGCUCUCUCUCCGCUUCCUCUCUCUCCUCCUCCCCCUCGUGCUCGCCGCAUCUUCCGCCGCAGUUAACGGAGAGGAGUACGAGUCCAACUUCUGUGACCGUUACGUGCGCUACCUCGGGCUUACCUGCCGCGAGUAUCAGGUUACGACGGUUGACGGUUACAUCCUCAACUUCCAGCGAAUCCUUAACGCAACUGCUUAUAACGCAUCCAUCUCCGCAGCAGCAGCAACAACUUCAGCAACAACAGCAGCAACUGCUCCCACCACCAUCACCCCCACCACUGCCACCACUCGUUCCUCCUCUUCUCCCUCCUCCUCCUCCUCAGUUCCCUACCCUGUGCUUCUAGACCACGGGCUUAUACUGGGGGGCGAGCUCUGGUUCGGCCUCUCUAAUGUCACAGUUGACCCUAUCGCGUACAAGAGGCUGCCUGUGAUUCUAGCAAACAGGGGCAUGGACGUGUGGGUGGUUAACCACCGCUGCACCGAAUAUUCCCCCCGCCAUGUGACUUACACAACAGAGCAAUGGCAAUAUUGGGACUGGGACUUCGACCAGCUGGUUCAGUUCGACCUGCCUGCUGUGCUGCGAGUUAUCACAGCAGUAACCGCCUUCCCAAGAGUGCACCUCGUGGGGUACAACCAGGGCGGAAUGCUCCCCUUCGCCCUCGCAUCCACCUACCCUGAGUACACCCGCCAAACAGUCGCCUCUGUCACUGCCGUUGCCCCCAUCGCCUACCUCGUCAACAUCACCUCGCCUGUGCUGGACGCCUGGGCCAACAACUGGAGCCCUGAUAUCUUCUUCUAUCAAAACCAUUUGCUCAACGGCGCUUACAACCUCACAGCAACGGAGGUUCUUGUCUCCACGCUUCGCCGCGUGGGCUUUAACUUCUACACCGUUUUCACUCCCUCGGGGAAUGUACAGGACAUUCUCAGUAAUGUCACAGGCCCCAUUUGCUGCAUGGAUCCUUACGCCCCUCCUCUCUCACUCAACCCUCAGUGGGUCGCCACUUCUUAUCGGGCUCUGAUUCACUACCAGCAAGAGAUCCGGGAUCGGCAGUUCCAGCUGUGGGACUUCCUGUCAUCUGAAGCCAACACUGCCAACUAUGGAUCAUCCACUCCCCCUCUGUACUACCCGAGCCGCCUGCCAACCAACAUUCCGGUCCUGAUUAUCUCCGGGAGCAACGAUUGGUUCGCCGACCCUGCCAAUGUGGCUCGGCUCAAGUUGCAGCUCGGCACGAGCCGGUGGAAUAACUACUCCCUGGUCAUCGUGGCCUCACCUAUUCGGCUCCUCGACUCUCAUGCAAGCAAUGAUUCUGGGCAGCUUGAGAUGAUUCUGUACGACAGCAUGGGACAACAUUCCAAGGCGCCAGAGGUUUUCGACAAGACGAAAUCGUUAUUAGCUGUCAUGGCAAAUAAUGCCCACCCACAGGCAGACAUGGAGCAUGUCGAAACUGUACUGCAAGAGGCGGAGUGCAUCGUGAUGGAGUACCGUCGCUCAAUCCGCGCAGACAUCUGCGAGCACGCCGAGGGGAAGCUGUUGCCAAAACUGGUGGAGCUCGGCAUCAACGUCCCUCCACAGAACACCGGCAGGGUGACGGAUGAUGGGGCUGAUGUACAGCUAGGUGACAGUGAUGUUCGCGCUAGACUAGCAAAACUGCAUACGGAAGUUCAGAUGCUAAAACGUGAGGUGACAAUCCUCAACGCCAGUCUCGUCGCCAUUGGGCAGGUACUUGGGUACACUCAAGACCAGUUGCUAGCGGCAGCCGCGUAUGUCCUGCAACAAAGCGGUCCAGGAGGGAGCACCAAGUCUGGCUGUGCAGGUGUUAACACCGCUCCGUUCACACUCCAACAGCCAUUGGGGUAUGCGGUUCAGUUGGGGUUCCCAUGGCCGAUGGUGGCAACCAUGCCAGAAACGAAGAGGGUGGUGACAUUGGACAGUGAUGGCAAUGCUGGCAAAAACGGCCCCUCGUUUGUUGUCGGCAAAAGUGGUAGUACUCAGCUGCCGCGGUACACUGGUGUGCGUCGCGAACGUGAGACUGGAAAGUGGGGUGUCAAGCUUUUGGUGAUGGAAGAUGGGGUUCGGUCACAGAUUCGAUUGGGGGCGUAUACAUCCAAGGAGGAGGCGGCACAUGCGUACGCCGCAGCGGCCUUUGUGACUCGUCCAGGAGAGAGUAUACCGGACACAAAGCAGCUGUCGGCGGCUGAAAAACACAUACUUGAUGGGUGUAACAAGGGCAUCAUGCGGACUCUCGCUCGAGCGCGCAAGUGGUGGCGUUGGAGACAGUGGCGCAAGGCGUAUGAGGAGGAGGAGCGCAAGGGGGCGGACAAAAAUCAGAUGUCACCGACACACUCAAGCGCUAAGAAGAGGAAGAAGGAGGAGCAAGUGUCUUGA